AUGACGGCUUCUACAUUCGAGAUCGAGGACAAGUUCAAAUACUUCCAUGGCUUCAACGGCUUUCAUCAGUCCGAAGCUGCCGAAGGCGCCAUCCCAUCGGUUAUCAAUAUUCCUCAAAAAUCCAAAUACGGACUCUACACUGAACGUAUAUCAGGGAGCUCUUUCACUGUGCCGAGGAAGGACUCAAAACAAACAUGGCUGUACAGGCUUCUUCCGUCAACAAAUCACGAAGAAUUCAGCCUCAUAGAGAGUCAUCCGUUCAAUCUCAACCAUGCCCAUGACUCCAAAUUUCAGUACUCACCGAGUCCAUCUACUUGGGCCCCUGUUCGAAUCGCCAAAGAGGCAGACUUCCUCACUGGUCUUCAAAUGAUAGGAGGCGCUGGUAAUCCAACCCUCAAAGAAGGACUGACAUACUAUUUUUUCACUGCUGGGAAGUCAAUGCCACCCAACCAGGCAUUCUACAGCGCAGAUGGGGACUUUCUUCUUGCUCCUCAAAAGGGCUCUCUAGACGUACGCACGGAAAUGGGCUAUCUACGAGUUCGGACAAAUGAGAUCUGUGUCAUUCCGAGAGGCAUUCGUUUCCACGUUUCACUUCCAACAGGACCAGUUCGAGGUUUUGCACUCGAACUGUUUGAGGGCCAUUUCGAGUUACCCGAGCUUGGAUCGAUCGGUUCUACUGGACUGGCUAAUAUUCGUGAUUUCGAAAUUCCCACUGCUAGUUACGACAACUCGGACCUUGAUACAGAGAUAAUUGCUAAAUUUGCCGGACAAUUGCACCGAACUAUCCAUCGGGGAAGUAUUUUCAAUGUUGCCGGAUGGCAGGGCACAUAUUACCCCUUUAAGUAUGAUCUGGGCAAAUUCAACACUAUCGGCUCAGUCUCAUACGAUCACCCAGACCCAUCAAUCUUUACAGUUCUCACAUGCGCAUCAUCCGUCCCAGGCGAAGCCGUCGUUGACGUUGCAGUCUUCGGUCCUCGCUGGCUCGUCAUGGAGAAAAGCUAUCGUCCACCAUACUUCCAUCGAAACACCAUGUCUGAGUUUGCAUUUCUCAUUCAAGGCGGGUUUGAUGUUACCCCGUUACCUCCGCAGUUGGCUGGGUUGUUCUCGUUGAAUAACACGAUGGUUGCCCAUGGAGCAGACCCGGAGAGCUGGAAACAAGCGACUGAGAAGGUCCUGCAGCCGCAGAAGAUUCCUCCGGGAAACUUGGGAGUGAUGUUUGAGAGCCGGUAUAUUAUUGGUUUGAGUGAAGCAGCAAAUAAGACGCUGGUGAAAUUACCCGGAAAAGUUGCGGUGUUGGGAGAGUUUGAGAAAGCAAAGAUAUAG